AAAUAGCUCAUGACAAGCCAUUUCAAAUGUUUAACCAUGGAGAAAAGUGUGUCUCUGCACGAGAGUAGUGGACUUUCUGAUCCAGAACUGAUCCAGCGGUUCUCCCCUGAAGACCCCGCCCUGGGUGGGAGCCUAGGCCCACUGAUGACCCUGCCCUGGACGGGGUGAGGCCCACUGAUGACCCCGCUCUGGGACUAGGCCCACUAAGAGAGAUGCUGGAGUUUGGUGGCUGUAUUUUUAUUUAUCUUCCUCAACUACAUUUUAUCUUCUGGUUUCUGCAGAGUUGGUUUGGAUGCCGUGAUUCGCGGCAGUUUAAUAGCGCUGUGGUUCACAUUUUUAAAUGCGUCACAUUGAUAAUAAAGAUGCAAACACACAUUAUAAUCAGGCUUGAAUAACAUUAUUAUUGUAUCAAUAUAGAGAUACUGUAUGAAAUAAUAACAUUCACAAAUCCUGUUUCCUCAACCUGACCACAGACACCACGUUGUGUCUAUUGCACAAGAAGGUAAACCUUGAUACCACAGCGUCCUAAUCCCAUAAGCCUCGCUGACAGAAAACAGUGGUGCCGGAUCGACACAGGAGAAGACCGAGGGAGGCCUUUGAAGUUGUUUCUCUUGUAUUGUUAAAUUCUUUGUCUAAAUGUCACUCUUUAUUAACCAAGACCAAAUCUUUGCACAUCAAGUUCAUCUUUUAGAGCACAAACUAAGGAGUUAAGAGGAGCGUAUUCUGGAGCUGGAGACAGAAAAGGCAAUUCUUCAUUUGAGGCUUGCUGAGUGUCUGGGCAGACUGCGGCGGGGCCAUGAGGGGGAGGCCAAGGCCAAAACACUACUUCAUCACCAGAGGGAAGCCCAGAGCAUCACCCAGUUGACUCUGGGGAAGCUCCUUGCUGAAGUCCAGAAUUUGAAGCAGGUCUUGAGUGAGAUCUUUGCAGUGUAUGCAAAUGGCGUGGCCGAGCUGGAGGGCCAGAGCAAGCAGAUCCUGGAGAAGCUGGACGGGGCCAGGGCAACACUGAACAGUUGCCAUGGAAAUGACCUGCACUGUUUGCAAUCCCACAUGGCGGCUCUGGAGCGCGACCUGGUGGAGGAGAAGGAGAGGUGCAGGGCCGAGAAGCAGAGGAGGAGAGAGAUCCACAACACCCUGGUGGAGCUGAGGGGGAACAUCAGGGUUCACUGUAGGGUGCGUCCUGUGCUUCCAUUGGACCAGGUCCAGUCCUGCUCAUCCCCAUCAGGGGUGAUCUCGUCAGAGGAGGUCAUUCAUGUCAGCGAGGACACCGUGUUGGUGAACUGCAUUCAAAAUGGAAAUCCAGCCAUCAACAAGGUGUUUGAAUUUGUGAGAGUGCAUGGACCGGAGGACUCCCAGAACGUAGUGUUUGAGGAGGUGAAGCCUCUCCUCACAUCCCUGCUGGAUGGGUAUAAUGUGUGUAUAAUGGCGUACGGGCAAACGGGUAGUGGAAAAACCCACACCAUGAUGGGCUCCCAGGGGCCCCCCGGGUCCCCUCAGCCAGGCGCCCCCCAGGGUGUCUCCUCCCCCGGGGACCAGCAGGGCAUCAUCCCCCAAGCUGCUGUGGAGCUCUUCAGGCUGAUCUCAGGGAAGCCGUCCGAGAGCCAUGUGGUGGAGGUGUCCGUGGUGGAGGUCUACAACAACGAGGUGUUUGACCUCCUGUCCCGCGACGGGGAGGGCGGAGCCCCGGGCCAGCGCCGGGACGUCAUCACCACCGCGUCGGGCCCCAGCGAGGUCCCCUCCCUCACUUAUGAGUGUGUGAAGAGCGCCCCCGAGGUCAUGCAGCUGGUCUGGGCAGUGGUAAAGCUGAGGGCUCGCUGCCCCACCCUGGUGCACGCCCACUCCUCCCGCUCCCACCUGGUGGUCACGCUCACCGUCUCCUCCAACAGCCCCCACGCCCUGGCCUUGGCCCGCCGUCUGAAGAGCGCCAAGCAAGAGCUGCAGCGCUGCCCGAGGACCGACUUCUGGAGCCCGCGCUGUCGCCGGGCCAAUGGCGCCCCCCGCCACGCCUCUGCCGACCACUCUGCUGCCACCGCCUCCCCUUCAUCCUCCUUCUCCUUCCCUGGCCACUCCCAAUGCCCCUCCCCCCGGCCGGGCAGAGCCCAGGGCCUCUUUCGGACCAGCCUCCAGCUGGUGGACCUGGCCGGCAGCGAGUGUGUCGGUGAGGAGAUGUCUGUGACGUCGCCCCCUGCUGCUUUCUUAUUGGCCCCACAAAAUACUUUUCAGAGAGAUGUCGCAAACCGAUGUCGCAAAAUCUGUUUGCGUUUUGCAAACCGAAACGCGAACAGAUUUUGGUUGUUGACUACUGUUCUGAUUGGUCCACAGAAGUUAUCAGCGACAUCACCUUUAUGAACUUUUUGUGUGUGUGUGUGUGUGUGUGUGUUU